AUGGAGGAUCAAACGAAUAACGAAGUCAUCGAAGCUGUGGAGAAAGGACUGGAGAAAAUGGAAAAUGAAGGAGUCUUAAACGGAAGUGAUUUUACCAAGCCAUGGAGAUCAAGUGAGUAGUUACUAAAACAAGGAAUGACCUACAAUGACCUACAAUGACCUACAAUGAUCUACAAUGAUCUACAAUCAUCUACAAUCAUCUACAAUGACCUACAAUGAGCUACUAUGACCGAACGUGUAAUCCCUGUAAUGAACUAAACUGAAGAUUUUAGAAAAAGACAAAAAAAAAAAAAAGAUCAGGGAACGUGUGUCGUAGUUACGAAAGCAAGGAAUAACCUACACUGACCUACAAUGGCCUACAAUGACCUACAAUGAUCUACGAUGAACUACUACGAGCUACAAUGAGCUACUACGAGCUAAAAUGAGUUAAAAUAAGCCCUACAAUGAGCUACAAAAUGACAGACAAUGAUGUUUGUCGUGUGUCACGCUUGGACGUGACACUAGGCUCAUGGUAUUCUUCGUUUUCACUGUCACGCAAUAAACACGGCACAAAAAAAUACAUUUGAAACCGUCCAGUGGAAGAAGCCAAGAAAAUGAAAUGUUAUAGAAGACUAAUAUAUAAACAAUUUGUCCAAAUCUCAGGUCUUUGUGGCCCACAGUUUCUGAGUUAGUUGCCGAAACAUUUCACGCACCUUUGUAGAGCUUUGUAUGGAGACGCCAUAUUGGUGGACAGAAACUGUCCACCAAUAUGGCCGCCGGAAAUCAACAAAAACAUCUGGAGUUCACUUUUUCUAUAAAAGCUCCUCCUUUUCACUCGAGAACUAGCAUACUUGCGCAUAAACAUAUCUUCUAAUACUUGAAAUGGUUAAACUGCUGAAAAUCAAGCGGAGAGACUUUUUUCAAGGAGAUAGCAUUCCUUUUUUGGUGUCACGCAGUGUGAAAACUCGGAAGUUCAAACUGCUGUAUUUUCGAAAUGAAACAUGCUUCGGGGCUGGAAACUUGUACAAAGAUUUAUUUCCUAUUAAUCUUCAACCUAGUGUAAAUAAGAAUUCGUAAAACCUCGCUUUUUUGACUUUGCAAUCUGAUGACGUCAGCGUGAAAACCAUCAAUUAAAUUGCCAAGCACAUUUUGAAAAGGCAAAACAAAAAUUGUGCCUGAUCUCAGGUAACUUGAGAAACUUGAAAAUAGAUUAUUGCAAUCGCGUUUUCACCGGUAUAGCACUAUUAUACGCUCUAUUGACGGAAGUCAUGAAAGCACUUCCUCAUUUGGCCUAGAUGGGUAUGGGCCGCUGAGCAGGAUAUGGAUUUUACUAUAUAGCGUUACAAACAGAGCAUCCUGGUGGACCGGAAGCCAUUUAAAGGGUCUUAUGAUGUCUUAUACAGGCCAGGGUACUUAAAAAAAUGAACAAUUUUUCUUUUGAACAGGGUCAGAAUUUGAAGGCCUCCUUUGUUCACCUGUACCCUUACGUCCCUUGAAGAUCCCCCCGGAACGACUGUUGGGGUGACUGUGUUUGUUCAAUUUGUUUGAAAAAAAGACAAGACAAAAUAAAACUAAUGCGAAAGGUUGCAAGGGAUGGUUUGGACAAAAGUCACAGUAUCAUCAUACAUGUAUUAUUACACUGUAAAUUUAUCUCCAAGCGUAAUAAUUAGAGAUGCUGUCAUCGUUAAAUGGGCUGUCAUGCAGUAGACUAAACGCGUUACGUUUACGCACACAUGUCCCCUGAUCUUUUUUUUUGUCUUUUUCUAAAAUCUUCAUUUUAGCUCAUUGCAGGGAUUACACGUUCGGUCAUAGUAGCUCAUUGUAGGUCAUUGUAGAUCAUUGCAGAUCAUUGUAGAUUAUUGUAGGUCAUUGUAGGUCAUUGUAGAUCAUUGUAGGUCAUUGUAGAUCAUUGUAGGUCAUUGUAGGUCAUUCCUUGUUUUAGUAACUACGGAUCAAGUGAUGUGAUAUUUCUGGUGGACGACCAAAGGUUUUACGUUCAUCGCUGGGUCCUCGCAAUGUGGUCUCCUGUUUUUGAAAGAAUGUUUACUUCGAACUUCUCAGAGAGGAAGGAAACUGAAAUCUCAUUUCCAAACAAAGCGAGCGCUGAAUUCAAAGAAAUUUUAGUGAUGGUUUAUUCCUGUGCAGAGUCGCCAGCAGUGACGAACGGCAAUUGCUUCUUCUUACAAGUAGUAAUAGUGGCUACAAUAGGUAUCAACCAAUCAGAGCGCAGCAAAGUUUCUCUCGACCAAUCAGCAUCGCGCAUUUGGCCCAUGUGACUUAUGUGACGUCACAAUGCCCAUAUAUGGUCAUAAAAUUCACGUGACCCCAUAGGAAUAAAGAACACGCACACACAAGAGUUGAAUUCACAUUCUUGGCAUAGUUUUAAUGAACCGCGUGAAACCUGGUGACAAGCGGGACGUGUGUGACACCCUAGUGAUAUCACGCCCAUUUUUUUUUUUUACAUUAAUGCACGAAAUCGAAAAAAGGUGUUUGCUUCAUGGCAGAAGAAGUCAUAUGACUGGGAUGAGGCCAUUUGAUGUAGUGGUUGAAACCUGUGUAUGACCAUGGUUUGAGGAAAGGGAAUUUGAUCGUGGCCAAAGUGACUGAAACGAAUUGAAUAGAGGAAUGGUUAGAUCCAAGAAGCAAACUGGAUGAGAAACAGCCGACCAUUGGCACGCACAAGGCGAUGGUUUAGGGUCCAAUGAUUGACUGGAAAAUAAAAAACAGACCUCGAUUACAAGUGGGACGUGUGUGACACCCUAGUGAUGUCACGCCCUUGAAAUGUUUGUUUACAAUAAUAUUCUAUUAAAAUCCAGUCUUGAUUAUAAUCAAAAUGGUCUAGGAUCCAGUGACAGGCUAAUAAAAAAUCAAUAUCUUAGUUUGAGCAUCCAGGAACCAAUGACAUACUAAUAAAAACGAAAAAAUUAACGCUUUAGUUGGAGCCAAUGGAAUUUGUUGGACCCUCUAAGAGCAUCUAAGAACCAUUGACAUACUGAUGAAACAAAAAAAUCAACGUCUGAGUUUGAACAAAUGGAGAAAACUAGACCAUCCUUGAUGAUUGACAAUGCAAAGUUUAUGAGGGAUAGGCCAGCUUCGAAAAAUCAUAAGAUCUUGAAUAAGCCAAUGAGAAUCUAAUGAAGAACGAUAGAAAGUUGAUGAGGGAUGGGCCAUCCUCGAAAAAUCAUAGCAAAGUCAAUGAUCCAAUGGGAUUCUAAUGAAAAAAAUAAUCAUUUGAACGAAUGGAGUACGUUGGUCCUUCUUUGAGGAUAGACGAAUCAAAGUCUAUAAGGAUUUUAAGGAUCUCAUCAUCUAGCAUCCGAUGAGAAUCUAAAUGAAAAAAAUGAGAAUGAACAUCCAGCAGGGGUGGCGCCACCAUGCAGACCUCCCCCUGCCGGGUGUUCAAAAAUCCCAUCCUGUGCUUUCUAAAAUAUGACAUCCCCAACAAGGUUCAUGGAGGGUGUUCACGUGACGUGAAUACGUCCAACAGCGUUUGCACACAAAAUACAACUGCUUCAUCAGAUAAGCAUGGUAAUAUCUGGUGUGAUUUUCUAUUAUCUGGGCAGUGGCUGAAAAAGGCAAGGGAUAUAAAUAGCUCGUAUGACAAAACGAGUAUCUGAAACGAAAAACAACGGAUGGGUGUUAAUCACGGGGUGGAUAGCCCAUCCCUUGCAUCAACUCACACCAAUAACAGGGCACAUCUAAAUCGCGCACACGACGAAAAUUUAAAAAACAACGACAACAGAGUAAUUUGAGGGGUCUUGGAUAAGGUGGAAGGAAGUCCCCUUUUCCAGUGUACCAUUGCGUGACACUGCUACAAAAACACCAGGCCGCGGAAGUACCAUGAACCCUGUGGGUGCUGAGAAUUGUGUGCGAAUCUACGAAAAAAAUUAAUACUCGGUCUUCAUGAGUAAGAAAGCAAUACGGUCUCGGAACCAGCAACUGUUGUAGAUAUGACUAUGUGUUUCUAAAAAAAUUCAAUAAUAAUAAAUGUCUUUGGUAUCUCGUCCAAGUAAAAAAGCCACACAAUCUCGGAACCAGCGACCGCUUUUGAGGUGUCUACAGGUAUCUAAAAAGCAGUACCAUCACAAAACUGAGUGAAUUGUCGAACACUAUGAAUAUGGUAAUGGUGUUGCAAGGAAAGGAUCCACCCCCAUUCUUCUAUGACAGAAAUCACAUCUGAAAACCAUAAAGGCCAAUCACAGAAAUCACAUCUGAAACGUUUUAUGAAGACUGAUUACACAUUGAACGGGAUGUAUCCAUCCCCCAUACUCUGUUAACGUGACUAAACGUUUCAUGAAGUUGGAUUACGCAUUGGACAGUGCUAUAAUGACAUCGUAAUUGAAUGGGUCGUACCCAAUCUCCAUACUGUGUCAACGUAUAAUGAAAGCCUACAAAGAGGUGGAAAGUGGACGAAUCAGGAUGCGAAAAAAAGGAGAGUUUAAAGAGGACACUCUCGGAAUCCACUGUAAGUGAUGACGUAACAGGCAAUGUGUGCCUGUGAAAAAAUUAACUAAAAUUAAUCCUCUAAAAAAUCCAAGGCCGCCAAAUCCGGUUCACCCACGAUACCCUGGGACCGUAAAAACGAAUUAAUACGAAACGUCAUACGUAACGGAAAAUCAUCCCAAUCCCGAUAAUUGGGGUCCCCACUCUGCACAUAGUUCACAAUCUCAUCUUCAGUGAGGGACCCCACCCUACGGCGAGCAAUCAGGUCAUCCAACCUGAAUCCGUCCAUCAUCCGUUCACAAUGAUUACACACUCCACCAGGGGUGGGAUGGGCGAGCCACUGGUAUAUAUGGCACACGGGUUGGUUCUCUACAUACUCCCAAGAAUCUGACAAAAAAAAAAAAAUCAACACGAACAAUUUGGCACCCAGAACCGUGCGGCCCAAUUGAGUCUAGCACGUCGAGGGCAAAGACAUAGAUGGACAGGCCACAGCACGGUGCGUAGAAACUCGAACCCCUUGAAUACCUCUAUGAAAAAUCAAAAAAAAGGUAUAAGGAAAAAAGGGACCCACACCCCAAAAAAAAAAUGAAACAAUGACACUCACCAGCCAUACGGCGGCGAUGGACCUCAUGGUCUAAUUUGCGGGCGAUCGGGUGGUCCCAUGGCAACGUUUUGGCCCAAUUCCGCAACUCUUCAUGAGUACAGCGACGGAACAGCGCGCGAAAACACUCGUGGCCCAUCGGCAGGUGGUGUAAAAUCUUUAACAUGUCGAAGAGGACAGCAAUAGGUACGGAAAAUAACACGAUCGACUGCAACGAACUCACCAUGUUGAACAGGACAACUGAUCAAACUGGAAUGAGCUCGCAUGGAGCGCGCAACGGGAUUUAGAGACUUGAUGGGAGGCGCUGAUUGGUGGAGAGAGAUCAUGUGGGAGAAUUUGACCAGGAGAGGAAACUCUAGGGGGUGCCCCCCAUGGGUACACCUUUUUAGGGUGGAUGCCAAGUCCUGGCGCGAGUAGGCGAUUGGCCACAGAAACCCAUGAAUAAAGGAAACAGGGCAGAGAGACUUCAUUCCAUGCUUGACGUUGUUUUCAACAUGGACUGCCGUGGACUUGUUGAUCCCAGAAAUAAACCGUUUGGCCGCGUGUUGCCCCUAGAAGUGCAAGUCAAGAUUAUGUUUUGGGUGGAGUGUUUUUACACCAUGGAUAAGAGAAAGAAGGUGGUGCGAGAGAUCAAAAGUUUACCCUGUUGCUCUGUCACAGGCUUUCCUCGACACCUAGGUGAGGGUCAAUGGUGGAAUGAAGUGAUUGUACGUCUACAUGCCCCCCGGACCAAUGGCUGCCACCAUUGCCAUCGUAUACACGAUCACCGGUUGUCGGUAAGUAAUUGUUUGAAAAGUCCCUUUUUUUUGUCUUGGUGACCCGAUGACUGACAUGGUUUUGGUUUUUUAGAUUGGUAUGUCAGUAGAGAUGUCGCGCCCCAAGCCGAACUUGGACAAACUCAUGAACGAGGGAAUAGCCUUCAUCAUUGAUCAGUUUUAUGGAAGGUUUAAGGAGCAUCCUGUGGGUCAACGUCCGGUUAUGAUUGGCCAAAGAAAGCCCUCCUAUGACACCGUGGACAAAGUGAUGAACAGACUGGACUUGAUUUACAAAGUCAUGAAUGCCAUGGAUUUUAUUUUCAUGGAUGUACACUAAGAACAUUAAAAACACGUGAUUUAUCUAGAGCCAUGUUUUUUUUUUCAUUGACGUUUGAAUAAAGCUUCCAGGGUGGGAUAGAGGACUGGGUCUUCUUCUCGGGUGCCGAUAAUGGCCGUCUUGUCUUGGAGGGUGGGUAACGCGAUUUGGGUCUCGGUCAUGUCGUCACAAACUUGAUACUCUUGGGAGGUGGGAUUCCACCAAGACCAUUGUUCUUUAUCCACAUCAAACACAUAGAGGGGUUUGCCUAAAAGUUGGGCCAUGACCACACCCCAUCCUGUACCACCCAACAGAUGCUUGCCGAGUUCGUCAAAAUGACCCAAAGCGAGGACGAGGGACGCAGGCUGGAUGACGUAAUAAUUGCGUUGAAUAUACUGGAGGCUGAUGGGAUGAUGAAUUUGUCGACCCAAUCGAAACGCCACCUGGGUGACGGUGGGUGUGGCCGCAUCCAACUGGGACUGGGUCAAGGGCGUGAGGGCCUUGGAUCGAGGGUGACAGGGUGGGAUAAAGACCACACAAGUAUGACCAUACAAGUGACAUAAUCGUUCCACAUGCGUGUCCACGCCUUUAGCACCGCCUGUGUAAAUGAGCAUGGUCUGAAAAAAAUAAAAAAAAAAAUUCAGUGUUUAUGAUGAGGGAUGGGCGUCCAAGCCCACAUGGUAUGCGGUUCAUCAUCAGCGUACAUCAGGGGUACAUCCCAUUCCCGCUGGGUCACGGUUUGUUCCAAGACAUGUAAGACGCUACGACAAUCACUGCAAUCAUCCGGGAUCCAAUCCAGUCCUUGACCGUUGGCAAACGCCUGGUCUUUGGCCUCGGUACAAUAGUUGCAUAGCAGAUAGUCUAAUAAUCGAUCACACCGUUUUUGCCACAACACGCGUUGGGCGUUGAUUUGCGUGAGGGUGGGAAGGACAUGGGUCUGGCGACGUAACCAUCCACUCAUUUGACAGACCCGUACAUGGGCGCAAUGAUCAUGCCAGAUACCACUCCCACGGGCUCCAUGAGAAUGAUCCUCACACCAAUUACGACCAUGAUCGUGGUGAGCCAUGACAUUGGCGGUGGCAAUAGGGAGAUUGGCCAAGUCCCCACACCCCUGCCCUUCUAGGACCACGAGAGGGUAGGCAAACGGGGGCUCUUGCAACAUUUUAGUCAGCCCAUUGCGCGUGUGAACCCCGAUCCGAUUCCGCUGGGGGGUGAGAUGCUGUUGACACCAACGGGUGAUAUCGUCUCGCAUUUGUUCGUAGGGAUGAAAGUCUUGACGAUUGUACGCUGUGUAGGGUUCGAAGGGCAAGCCAUGCACGGUCUGGGUUUGACGAUCGACGCGUGUCCGGGCCUCCUCGGAUAAUGGAUGGUACGACACGCCUAGGGGUAACAAAUAUUUGAUCAAGCCAUGAUGAUGCCCCGUCCAAUCACAAAACGCCAGUUCGCGAAUAAUGUAUUCGUCUCGGGAAAGGGCAAACCCCUGACUGUACACCAAAAGACCCACUUGAUGGAGCGUCAUACUUACUGUGUUGGUUUGACUGCAAUGAAUGAGAGGGGUGUUGGAUGCCUCGCGGGUUUUAUAGCCACUAGAGUGGUCGCUGAUUGGUAGAGACCCACAUCACACCACCCUCACGAGAUCCCAGGACGAGUCCGGAUUGGUAGAAAAAAGAUCGUAUGAGCAUCACGAGGGACAUCACAUGAGGCAGGAGGAGGGGCUAUAAAAGGCCGAGUGGACGCUCCCUGGAACUCAUUCGUCCAGAUGAAUCGUCAAGCCACUCAACCUGCCGCAGUGCCUUCGGGACGCAAACGACGUCGCGUCAGUAAGAAACAAAAACAAGAGGAGGAGGAGAAAGCCCAAGCGCGAGCUGCACAGAUGAAAGCGGAUCAUGAUCAGGAGAUGGCCGAGCUCGGGUUUUCCCGAGCUGAACUCGCAGAGAUGAAAGCCAAACAACCCCCUGCCAAUGAACUAGUGAUCGCGCUCGAUGCCUUGCCUAAAGCGGUGGACCCACUGCCCACACCCUCUCCCACCGAUCAAUCCGUGAACGCAUUGAUGGAAGGUACCCUGAAAGACUAUAAAGAAGAAUGUGUAGCAGAAGGGACGUUUCAUUCAGAUCCAGCCACCGAAGUGGGAGAAUGGGAUAUCCAGGACAUAGACCAGAUGGAUACCCAGUUCAACCAACUCCUGUAUGAAGUGUGCCCGUUUCAUCCCCAUCAAUUCAUUCAAUGUGUCAACCCCCAAGCCAGGUUUGGUCCCCUGAGAUUCAAGUGUCCCCAACCAGGGUGUCCAGUCUAUUUGUUUGAAGACACGCGAGAAAUAAUGAUGGAGGCUUUAAAAAACGACACGCAUCCUCAAGUCCAUGCCCGUUUGAAACACGGAGAGCUCAAGUGCAAGUGUGAGUUUGUUCCCAAGAUGAAAUUGAGUCGCACGGCCAAAAAUCGUAACAAAGUGUUUUUCAGUUGUGGGAGCUUUGUCCCUGGGAGAGACCCCUGUGGCUACUUUCAAUGGCUCCAUGGUCCCUUGUGGUGCCCCCGUGAGCAAGCGCAACCGACCCUGAGACGAUGGGUGAAAGACACACCCCCUGAGCUCCAACACAAGCUUAUGAAAGACCCCGAGAAAGAGAGACCCUGGGGCAUGCACGCUGUAGAGAUGCGUUAUGGUGAGAGGCCAAACCCAGUAAUAGAAAAGAUGAAGUAUGAUCCGUGGAUGAAACAGUUUGGCGAGUCGAUCCAAGCCCAAGAGCAAGAGUUUGAGAGAAGGCGCCAUUUGCAUAAGAACUUUGGCAGUUCGUGUUUGUUUUGAAAAAAAUUCAUGUAGGUGAAAAAAAACUAUUAAAGACAGAAUUGGACUCGAAUCCUGUGUCAGUGUCUUGAUGUCGUUGCCACGCGCUUACGAAGAUCCCCGAGAACCGGGGGCCUUGGGUGGGGUCCAACCCUUUGCCCGAGCCCAUAAAUUGAAAACCCCGCAAGCGCAACAGAUUCUUCAAUCCGUGUUGAGCUAUACGCUCCACAAACCCCGACGGACCCGAUUUCCCACCACCCCCACGUUGGUCUUUGGCCGAGACGAACAAUGGCAGAUGGAUUUAGUGGACAUGCAAAAACUCAGUCGGUGGAAUCAGGGGAACAAAUAUUUGUUAACGGUCAUCGACGUCCUGUCCAAGUAUGCCUGGGCCGUGCCCAUCAAAUCCAAGAGUGCCGCCAACAUGAUCAAAGGGUUGGAAGCCAUACGCCGACGCGCCUCACCACGACGACCCCUCCGCGUGCAAACGGAUCAAGGCCAAGAAUUUUUGAAUCGCCAGGUCCAAGCCUGGUUCAAGAAACACGACUGGCAUCAUUUUUACACGUAUGGAGAUAGCAAGGCCUCGGUGGUGGAACGAUGGCAUCGUACCUUGAAACAACGCAUGUACCGGUAUUUCACCGCGCACAAUACGUUACGGUACGUGGAUGUGUUGCAACCUUUGAUCUAUACCUACAAUCACACGUAUCAUCGCAGUAUUGGGUUGGCGCCGCAUCAAGUCACCUUUCGAAACGAGUCCGAGGUAUGGGAUCGACUCUAUGGAGCCCGAUUGAAGACCAAGAUCCCCCCACCCAAAUGUCAAGUGGGCGAUCGGGUGCGUCUCAACAAGAAACAUCGUCCCUUCAAAAAAGGGUAUUUGCCAGGCUGGACGGAAGAAGUGUUUGUGGUCACGCAUGUGCGUCGUCAUCCCGUGGUGACCUAUCGACUCAGUGAAUGGGACGGCACGCCUAUAAAAGGCACGUUUUACGAACCCGAUGUGCAAAAAGUCCAAGUCUCAGACGAUUCAUUGUUUCGAAUCGAAAAAGUCUUGAAACGCAAAGGACGUCAGAUCUUGGUCCGGUGGAAAGGGUGGCCGGCCAAGUACGAUAGUUGGAUUCCUGCGCAAUAUGGUUCGCGUCAAAAUAACGCCUCGAAAAAGAAAAAAGCGGGUACGGUUUCUCGAUGAAGUCCUGGCGGAUUCCAGUCGACCGCGAGCUAGUUACACGCCCUCACCCACCAGUGACGCGGACGUCCUGAAAUUCAUCCAGAAGAAAGCCGCCGAACAACGGCAAACCCAACCGUGGUGGGACAAGUUGGCCAGCCCCACCAAACAGCAAUGGGCCUACGCCAAUGCUUACCAUCGAGCCGAAGAGUAUGCCAAGCAACGAGGGGCUUUACGGUCCCCACCCAAGAAAAAACGCCGACGCGCUGGACGGCAUCCCCCCAUGCGCAAGAAGAAACCCCCUAAACCCAAGACCUGCAUGACCCUGAUGGAACUGGCCCGGGCCUUUCCCAACAUUGCCCAGCAAGUGUGUUUUCAUCCUAAACAAUCGACCUUCAAUUCAGUGGUGGGACGUGUCCCUCGCAGUAAACAGAAAGUGGCGACUUGGCUAUAAAAGGACCCUGCACCCUGGGGAACGUGCCUUAUCUUCAUCCUCAACAUGAGUGAGAUUAAACGCUUGACACUCAUCAGCGAUCCGACCGACGAGUUUCCCAACAAUGCCAACAACAGUUUCAAGGUCCGUCUGCCCGAACGCAUGUCCUUACCAGGCACAGGCUGGCAUGCUUCGUUGAUGUCCCUGACCGUGCCAGAUCAAGGUCAGAGCAAUGCCAUCAUUGCGGCGGAUCCGCAUACCAAAGUGAUCAAAUUCAAAAUGAGCUAUGUGAUCCGCAAGUGGGUGACGGGGAUGUACCGAUUUGCCGAGAUAAAAACCGUGGACUGCGUGUUGGAAUUGGAAGAGAUCAUGAAUGCGAGUCAAAUCGUGGCGACGGGGAGUCAGUUUUGGAAACGCGUGAUGCAAGAAAUGCACAACAAAAUGAUGCACAAUGUGAUGGCGGAACAAAUGCGGUGGCUGGUCACGGAACCUGACGAAAGACCUAUUGUCAGUGCCAAACAAAACGCCAUGCCCCGACUGACCUGGAAAAAAGGUGCCUUGGUGAUUAAGGCCCUUCCCGUCAUGGAUUUGAUUAAAGAGGACAAGACCGCCAUCACUGAUUUUUUCAUCAACCUGGACAUUGCGCUCAAGUUUGGGUUGGUAGAGGAAAAGAUAGUCAACAACGAGACCAAGUAUUACCUAGGGCCCAAUAUGCAAUACACGCUGCCCACCAAGACGUACGAUUCGGACACUCCACCCAAAGGAAACUCCAAUCGCUCGCCCUACAACUGGGAAGGUGUGAAUUACGAGGCCGUCAAUCCCUCCUUGCUGUUUGGCAAAAUGGUCAGCAGUAUUGAACAUGAUCCCAUGCAGGUUCGGACCCAUCAGGGUGUGAAGUUUUUGCAUUUGUCCUUGCUAGUGGAAUGGCAGUUGAACAACCUGGAUGCCUCGUUUGAAAAGAUCGUGGGGACUCGCAGACGGACCGUCAUGGUCUAUUCGGAUCUGGUCGAAUCCACGGUGGUAGGGAGUGGCAAAUAUCCCCUGUUGCGGGAAGUGCAAUUGUUGAGAACCGGCGAUGGGGAAAGUACAGCCGAACCCCUGCACCACCAAUGGAUCAAACUACGAGGAAAUCAACUAGACAUCUUGGAAGUGGAGAUUGCCAGCACUGGUGGACCCCUGGCCAUCUUACCCCCGGGCAAAACCCUGGUGACCAUUGGUCUCAAGCAGCUAUAAAAAGCCACUCCACGUCUCUGGCAGGUCCAAAACACGACGUGAACCAUGCGCGGAGGCAGUUUAACGCGGUACCACACGCCCGUGCUCACCCAGCAAAAGGGCAAAGGCUUGGCCGAAGACUUGAUCAAAAUCGCGGGACCCCUGAUCGUGCAACAAGCUCAAGCGGGACUGCAAGAUAUUCAACGUGGCAAGAGUGCUGCAGCCACGUGGGCGGAUCGAAGUGCCCAACUCAGUCGCGGCUUGAAACGCAAAGCCCCUGCCAUGGCUUGGACGGCUGGCAAACACAAGGUUAAACGGACCGCUCAAAAUACCUAUAAAAGAGCCACGCAACGCGUACGGGACAUCUUUGGACUGUGAAAACAAUGGUACGUGUAGGAGGUUUUCUCAAAUCGCAAAAUCGCGUUCGACGGCAACGGGCCCGUGGACGGUUUAUUUCACCGUAUCAAGUGGGAGGCACGAUCUUUGGCAAGUCGACUACAGCGCGUUAUCCGCUGAUGCACACGUCCUCCCGCCAAUUGGAUCGUUACCUACAGCGCAGGAUGAAAGGGGGCACGAUUUUCGGCACGUCCACUCGUAGGCGCCAAAAUCCUUUGGGGUUCCCCACAGCAGCCGAUGGCAUCAAUCCUGCUCGAUGGAGGGUGGAACAGGCCCUGCGCCGCAUGAAAGGGGGCAAGAUUAUUGGGGCGUUGGGCAAGGGGGAUCUCCGAACAGUGUUGUGGGCCAAUCAAGCCAAAGCCCGGAAACAGAAGAAACAGAAAGGAGGCAACGUCUUUAGCCGAUUGAAAAAACGCAUUCAAAUCGAUUUUCCGCACCGCCCCUUUCCCGCCGCGCAUCCCAUCCAUGAUUGGCACAGACUACGAAAAGGUAUAAAAAGAGGACGUCGUUGAACCUCGUGGACAGAUCGCACCAUGUCGCUCGAACUGUUUGAGGUGCCUGAUGUGGAUUAUCGGUACGAAGCCUCGCGGGAGGUGGAGUUUCAACCCGCUUUGACAGGCAUCCAGCCCAUCACGUUCUCCAUUCCUGGCUCUGACGAUUAUUACGAUCUCAAUUCUCUCCGCUUCAAAGUCAAAGUGCGCCUGACCGAUCCAGCUGCUGGGUAUACAGGACUGCAUGCGGGUCUGCUCAUUUCCAAUGCCAACGAAACCAGACAUGUCUACUGCGUCAACAAUUUUGGCCACACCAUCUUUCGAGACAUUACCAUGAGCAUGAAUGGCGUCCUUGUGACCGAACAGAGCAACACUUACCAUUACAGAGCCUACAUAGAAACCCUGCUGAAUUACAACCGAGAAGAAGGAGCCACCAAGCUAGCUCCCCAAGGAUGGGUCAAUCAGCUGAAUGUAGCAGAAGAAAUAGGAGCCACCGCCGCCAAUUCUGAUGUCCCUGUGGCCGCGAAUUGGAGUGGCAAUGCAGACUUGCGAACCCUGACCAGCAAGUUACUGAGUGAAAAUUGGCACACCUUCAUCGUUCGCCCCCAUUUGCCCACCCUCCAUACAGGCAAAUUGUUGGUCCCCAAUAUCCAGAUGGACUUUGAACUGUUCCUCAACCCCAAGACCAUCUACCUGAUGGGCUCCCCCAACAAAGGCACCUUAGUCACCAAGAAAAUUCCAGCCAUCCACAAUGAUGACAUCAAAGUCACCUUGUUGAUGAGAAAAGUGACCCUGAAUGCUGCUGUCUAUGUCAGACUGCAAAAAGAAAGACAACUGAACAAACAGAUUGCCCGCUACCCUGUGGUGCGGAGUGAAAUUCGCACCUUUUCCUUUGAUGGACGCACCACCCAAUGGGAACAAGACAAUGUGUUUGUGGGUCGAUUUCCUGAUCGAGUGAUCGUCGGGUUAUUGCAUUCGGAUGCCUUCAAUGGAGACCUGGAAAGAUACCCUUUUGCCUUUCAAAAGUUUGGGGUCACCCAAGUACGACAGACCUUGAAUGGAGAAGAAUACCCUUACAGAACCCUGCAAUUGACAGGAGACCAAGCCUAUGAAGAUUUGCUGGGCUACGAUCGAUUUCUACAAGCCAUGGGUGCCUACAAUGAAAACAAGAUUCCCAUGCUGCUGCCUGGUGAUUGGGGACAAGGCAAGAAUUGUACCUUGUUCAUGUUCAACAAUGUGCCUAGUCAAAAAGCCGAUGACCCUGAAUAUCGCAACCCCCGUCAAUCGGGCAAUACGCGAUUGAUUAUUGAUUUUUCGGCGGCUGUGGGACACAACGUCACCGUCUUGAUAUGGAGCGAGUAUGAAAACAUGUAUGAGAUCAACCAUCUGGGAGGUAUAAAGUACAACAUCAACGGCUGAGAAAUCAGAAGUCAAAAGACACCGAGCAUGGAGUUUGUGGCACUCAGUGACACUGUGUUGCGGACCCUGGCCUUGGAGGAUCCCGAAUUACGACGCGUGUUUCAUGGGGUGCAUCCCGCCGACCAACUCCCCCGAUCCCCCGCCAAGGAGAUCCGUCAAGCCUACAUUGUCAACACGGACCCCGCGGGAGAACCGGGCCAGCAUUGGUUGGGCCUAUGGACCGAAAAAAACCAGUGCGAGAUCUUUGACAGUUAUGGUCUACCCCUGCACGUGUACACCACCCCGGAGUUGCACCAAUGGUGGGGUCAAUGGAAGUACCUGACGCGCAGUGACCAGACCCUGCAAGCCCUGGAUAGUCAAACCUGUGGCCAUUAUGCUUUAUUUUUCUUGAAAGCCCGGGCACAAGGACGGUCGUAUCAAGAAUUUUUAAGUCAAUGGAGUUGCGAUAAUUUAGUGUUGAAUGAUCAAAAAGUGGCCGAGCAGUUGAAACGGGUGAUCAAACAGGAAUUACAAGAUGAAGUGGAUGCCCGACCUGAUGGGGGGCAAAAGAAUGUAAGCCGCCAGGCCUUUAUCACGUGUCAUCCUUGUGCAUGUUAAUAAAAACCAUAAAACGAGAUGUGUUGUGAACGAGUGGUCAUUUGUCUCUCAUGAUGAUUACGCGAAGCGAUGUCCAGCGUAUUGUGGAUGCGUUCAUUCUCGAAGAAACCUUGUAUUGGUGGGAACACCCCAUCGAACGGGUCAACACGGUGCAAGGCAUUGAUGCCUGGGAUGGGUAUCAUUGGCUCAUGGCCCGACAAUUGGCCCAAGACCAAGAUUGGGUCUCUCUCAAACAGUAUAUGGAUAGCAUGAGCGAAACGUAUUUAAGAGAGAUCAUGGAAGGUCUGAUCCAGUCUGAAUCGCCACGUGUGUAUCGCGAGUAUUGGACAGCAUGCCCCAUCGCAGACGACGGCGACGACAACGACAGGGCACCCGACGACCCUGCUUUCGCCAAAACGGGCGCGGGAUCAUGAGCGUGUUGGCCAAAGCCUAUAAAAUCGGGGAUAAAUUGGGACGCGACAAACGGUAUAAACGCAUGGGCGCUAAAGGGGCCACCGGUCAUUAUCGACGUCACCCUCGACCGUGGGAAUCAUGAUCCGACAACCUAGUAGUGUGAUCAUCGCAGGCCCGUCGGGUAGUGGCAAGACGGAUUUGGUGGAACAAUGGUUACGGUACCUGAACGUGUUUCAAGUCAAACCCCGCAAGAUUGUGUAUGCUUAUGAUCGUUGGCAACCCCGGUUCGAGCGGAUGCAGCAAAAAGAUGGAAUUCAAUUUUAUCGCGGGUUACCGGACCCCCGUCAUUUGACGCAAUGGUUUGGUCGAACGCGUGGCGGGGUGUUGAUCUUGGACGACCUGAUGGAAGAAGGGGGACAAGACAAGCGCGUGUUGGAUUUGUUCACCAAAGAUUCGCAUCAUCGUAACAUCACGGUGUUGUAUUUGACGCAAGAUUUAUUCCCGCCUGGCAAAUUUUCCAAGACCAUCAAUCGCAACGCGCAUUACAUUGUGGCCUUCAAAAACCCCCGGGAUCAAACAGGGAUACGGACCAUUUUAUUGCAAGCCUUUCCGGAUCGGUGGCGUCAAGUGUUGCGCCUAUUUAAACGCAUCACGGCUCGACCUUUUGGCUAUUUGAUGUUGGAUGUGCAUCCAGCCUCGGAUGAUCGCUACCGCCUGUGGAGUCAUUUAACGCCCCGAGAAGGCAAGGCGCAAGUCCACACCUUGCGUGCGGAUGUCCCUGCCGUUCGAAAACGAACUGCAACGAGAACUCGCCAGGGUUCGUCGGCAAAGAGAAGGCGGACAACAUACUGAGUUAGCCGCUCGCAUGGAUACACACUCACCCGCGGGGGUAGGUUCCCCCUCGGUCCUCCGAGAUCUCAGCAGCAUGACGGACAUGGUGACCGAAUUGUCUCGACCCGUGGAUCGGGACCAAUUGAAUCAAGACAUUGAGGAUUUUAAUUUGACUUACCCGGUCAAUGUAGACGAUGCCUUGAAUGCCUUCACGCUCCCACCCGUAGCAGGCACUGGCACGGCCCCCACCACCACCACAGUCCCCAUCACUACCACGGCAGCCCCAACCCGUCCCACCACAUCGACCCGAACUCGUCCCACCACGACUACCACCACCAGUCGACCACGACCCGUCACCUCCACCCGAACACGCCCUGCUACCACCGCCACGACCACCACGGCUCCCUCACGCCCCUCCACCAGCCGCCGCAGUGUUGGGGCAGGGACCAGGACCACCACCUCCACGGUGACGACCCCCACUGGACGCCCCACCAUCGCCGCCAAACAACCGCGACGGCGCCCCAGGGUGCCCUCCCCACCAUCCCCCGAUUCGUCCCCUCCGUCCGAGGAUGACGAGGAUGACGAUGAUGACGAUCGAGGGCGAGGUUUAAGGCGACGAUUGGAUUUGCUCAAUGAAGAUGCUCAAGAACGGGCUCGAGGUCGACGCAUCCGCAACAUCACGCACACUAAUACCGUCACCACCGUCUACGAAGAGGGGGGUCGUCCCUCGGUGCGCCGCACGUCCACCCGCACGUCCGGCCCACGACCCCCACGUCGAGGACGGGGCCGUGGCCGCGGCCGCGGCCGUGGGCGAGGUUCCAGGUCUGCGUAAAACAGAAAAAAGGAUAUAAAAACAGUUGUCUCUUGGCCACAUCAUUCUAAAAAAUGUAUGGCCGUUGUGGACACGCGAUGGGACGCAAACGCCAACGCAGGACGACACGACGACGACCCGCCAAACGACGACGGCGUGUGAGUCAAGUAGGGGGUGUUGCAGCCAGUUUACCUAUGGGCAUUCUCAAAGCCGGCUAUGGGAUCACCAAAGCCAUCGGGGAUCAUCAAACCAAGCGUGCCAUCGCCAUUGGCGAAAAACGUCGACGAGAAGUGGCUUCAGGCAAACGGAAAAAAUACGCGGGGGAAUCCUUUAAUUGUUCCAUUAUGUAAAAAAACUAUAAAAGACUAAAGGGGUGUCCUCCCUCGGACAGAUCAUCAUUAUGCAUUGUGGUCCACGACGACGAAAACGACGCCGAAAGCAACGCGGGGGUAUUCUCCCGUUUCUCAUCCCCGCAGCUGUGGCUGCAGCCGUCCUCAUGAAGAAGAAAAAGAAAAAGAAAGUGGGCAAGAUGAGUGCAGCCAAUCAACGACUGGCCCAACGACGGGUCCAGCGGAUGUUCAAUCGAAUGCCGGGUUGGGCUGGUUCGAAACGCUGAAAAGGCUAUAAAAGAAACGCUUGGUGGGACACACGAUUCUCAUUGAAGAAUGGUUCGUGGCCCCAACGGUCGUCGACAUCGUUAUGUCCCUCGAAUACGACGCCGCCGACGUGGACGCCAACGCGGUGCUAAACUCCCGUUGUUGGCAAUGGCUCUCUCGCCUUUGUAUCUCCGGAAAUUCAAACCCAGAAUCCGACUACGACGCCCAGACUAAACGACGCCCAAAACGCAAAGCCGUCACGUUUGCGUUGGAUUGGGAUGACCAAUAUGACGCCGCUUUGUGUGCCCGGUGCCGACAUCACAUGCAACGGCAUUAUCAUGGUGAAUUGUGUGGUCGGUGUGGCGCCAUUUUUACCAUAAAUAGACCUUGGUCGUUGCCUGAACUGAAGAUUCAUCAUGGGGUGGCGCAUGGAACGUCAAGCCCCGUUCUUAAAAAGUGUCUUACGAGAAGCCAAUCAACACAAACGACAAGAAUUGUUGCGGAUGGCCAAUGCGGAUCAGAUCAAUGCUGUCAGUGAAUUGGUGAUGAAUACCCUCCGUGGCACCGUCCCCCGUUCCCGGCAGACCAUUACGUUACUCAAACCUCACGCUCAGAGUUUACGCGCCAUGGCUAAACCCGCUCAUUCCGUCAAACGACGACGCGCCAUCAUGAUGGCUCAAAAAGGGGGUGCCCUUUGGCCGGAACUCUACCGAUGUUAUAAACGUUGCAUGCGCUAGACCCGACCCCUCAGUUGCACCAUGGAACCCGAGAUGGUCAGCACCACGGUGAACAAUGCCCCGGCUUUUUUGCAAUUACGAGACCAGUACAAACAAGAAUUGGUGGAAGACACUCGCUUGACCAAAGCCGCCGAUUUGGCCGCCAAACAACAUGUACUUCUGACCAGUGAUGUCCCUGAUGCUUGGAAACGGCCUCAACUCAAAGCCGUCAGCCGUCAAUUACGCCAUUGGACUAAAAAAGUGCGCCAACCCUUUGGAGCCGCUGCUGGGGGUGUGACUGCCGCAGGGGCCACCACCCCGGGCGAUGAUGAUUUUGAAGCGGGUCCCAUGCAAGCCUGGUUCACGCAAUUGGUCAAGGCUACCCAGGGUAUAAAACAAGGCACCCCGACGCGUGGACCCAGAAAACCCCCUGUCCCGCCCAAGCCAAAGUUCACCCCUAGUGCCAAAAAGAAACUCAAGUUCACCACCCCAUCGACCAGUGCGGAGUUGGCAAAAGAAUUGCCCUUUUCAGAGGACGUGGGCCCGAAACCUUGGGACACCCCCUCCUUAGCCAUCAAGCGCAAAAUCAGACAAAAAGCCAAAGAAGUGGCCAAGAAAAAAGCUAAAGAAAAAGCCGCAGGUUGGGCCAAGAAAGCCUUGGAUUGGAAAUCGUGGAAAACCCCCUAAGAUGGGACGCAAACGCCGUGCUGCGACCUCCCGUUCCCGAGCGAGGCGGCGACGACGACGCUCGCAACGGGGCGGCAAAUUAUUUGAUGUGCAGAACCUCCUUAACAAGACGGGUAUUGAAUUUCAUUGGCCCGGUUAUCAGUACAUGGGACCUGGCACUCAUUUAAAGAAACGAUUGGCCCGUGGGGAUCCCGGUAUCAACCGAUUGGACAGGAUUGCCAAAGCUCAUGACAUCGAUUAUGAUAAAGCCAAGAAUUUGAAAGACAAAUGGGCGGCGGAUCGCAAGAUGAUUGCCAAGAUUGAUCAACUCCCUGGCAGUAAAAACUUAACAGAGCGUAUUGUGAGACGCAUUAUGAAAGCUAAACUUCGAUUCGGCAUGUAAACCCCCUUUAGUCAUAAAACAAGACACUAUGUUCAAUAGCACAAUGAUUUAAUUAAACUUUUGUUCUUACAAGUACGAGUCCAUUUUUUGUAAGGCCUCCGCGCGAAGGGUUUGCACACUGUCCUCAUUAGGUACCAUUAGGGGCAAGUCCAAUGGCAACCACGGGAGGGGAAAGGGACGCUCUAAUUCCUCGUCCAACCAGGACCAUUCUCGACGUCGAAUGGCUUCCAUUCGCUUGUUGUACCGUUCUUUCUGCAAUGCUUUCCACCCUUCCUCGCCCAACUCUUUUCUUUUCUGGGCUGCCUGCUCUCGUCGAUGGGCAUUGGUCCGUUGCAGAUAAGCCCGGUAGGUCCCUCGCUCUUUCAUUUUCUCCCGCCAGUUUCUCUGACACUGGGCGUUUUUACGCUUGACCUCCUCCCGCUGUUCCUUGCUCAUGCCGUAGUAGCGCUGCAUCCCCUCUUGAGAUUUUUUAGCUUUGAAGGCAUCGUACUCACCACUGACUUUCAACCGAGCCAUUCGUUCAUGGUAGCGGCGACGGUGAAGGGCCUUGACAUCCUCCAUUCCAUUCAUUUUGGCAUAUAGACGUUGCCGAUACGCUUUUUGUUGCGCUUUGUUUUUUACAGGGUCCCGUUUUUUCCUUGGUUUGGGGGGCUGGCGCGAUCCUGGCGUAUCCAUGCUCAAUCUCCAGUAAACGGGCAGUGCACUCAUCGGCCAAGGCUUGCAAUUUUUGGAAGGGAUGGGGUGUCUCUCGAGCUCGGGCACGACGGUCCCGUUGUUGUUGGACGAUCUUGUCGCGGUGUCGAUGAUAGUACUUGCGAUUCAGCGCCCGUACUUGGUCUCCGUGUGUGGCUCGGUAUCGGUUACAGGCCAACCGGUUCAAUUCACGAGCUCUGGCCAACUGUUCCUGGGUCGGAGGUGGUUUGGGUGGCUUGGGCGGUUUGAGUUUUUUCUGAGCCGCCCGCUUCUCCCGUUUCUGUGUCGCAAUCCUCUCCCUGUGUUUCAGGUACCACCGGUGUUUAGCCUCUUUCACUUUCUCUGGAUCUCGAUUCGGCAUGUCUCGAACGCAACUGACGUCUGGUCUGAACGCUGGCUUAUAUCUAAGAUUCCUUCCACCAAUCACCGCUCUCGCACCAGGCUCAGCGGAGAUUGGAAAAAUCUGUACCCAUGGGGGGCACCCCCCUCAAUCCUCCUCCUGUCUAAUCAACCCCUCCCCAUCCCCUUCAUGGACUCUCACCUGAGUCUCACCUGACUCUCACCUGAGUCAAGUCCACCAAUCCCUGUUCAUCUGAUCACGUGUUUUUGGGUCUAUAAAAGUCCGCGUCUGGCGCGGGAAAAUUCAAAUUGUCUCCUCCGUCAUGGCGGAGGACCACUGGUAUCCUGACAGUGAUGAAGAAGAAGAAGCUCUAUUAAACCGCGCUUAUGACCGGUGGGAACAAUUGGGCGGAGCCGUUCCCGCUCGAGGCCCUCUCUUCCAAUUCAUUAUGCAACCUAUUGGUCGACGACGCCGCUGGCGGAAUGUAGUGGAACGCGCACAAUUCAAUGCGCAAUUGCGUCAAUUGCGGGAUCCUGGUCCUGGAGAUAAUAUUGGGAUGGCCCUCACGGAAGCCUUGCAUCAAGCCAUUGAAACAGAACUCGACUGCGAGCAGCGACCUGCCCAUCAUUUUGUGAACUUUGCUAUUACAGCGCAUGGGUUCACCCACGCGUAUCAAACCGCCAAUUUUACUGUGGGAGAAUUUUUACAACGCACGGCUCGUUUGGAUGAGAUGUUGGCCACCUUGGCCGGAAAAUUAAACAGCAAUGAAGCCUUCAACCCCGAUCGUGGGUUCCAAGUGGAUGUAGUGUUCGUGUCCAUGCCUGGCCCAGGGUCUGGUCGACAUAAACAACGCAAUGCCGGCCGUUUAUGCCUGGAUCGGGUCAACAAGAAAAAGAGAUGCAUUAUCACCAUCAAAAAUAGAGAUACUUUAUGUUGCGCCCGCGCCAUUGUCACCAUGCGUGCUCAUUGCCAUAAAAAUCAAGGCGUGGACGGGUUUCGCGACUGGGAGAAUCUCAAACGUGGACUUCCUGUGCAACAACGUCAAGCCCAGGCUCUUCAUCAGCAAGCGGGUGUCGCGGAGGGUCCCUGUGGCAUCCCCGAGCUUCGUCAGUUUCAACAAGCGUUGGGAUCUCACUAUCAACUCUUGGUGAUGACCCGGAUGAAACCGUUCUUUUUAAUUUUCAAAGGCCCCACCGCCCCUCAUCAGAUUCGUUUACUGAAAUCCAAUGAUCAUUUUGAUGGUUGCACGUCUUUUCCUGCGUUUGUCAAUCGCUCCUAUUAUUGCCUGGACUGUGAACGAGGGUUCAACACCGAUGAUCGAUCCCAUCAUACUUGUCAAGGAAGACGCUGCUCCGCGUGUGGACGCUUUGAUUGUCCGGAGUAUGUGGCUGGUACCCGCCCCACCGAGUAUUGCAGUCUGUGUCACCGUAAGUUUUACGGUCAUCAAUGUAAACGUUAUCAUGAAGUCAGCCACCAAUGUCAAUCCAUCAAAACGUGUCUCAAGUGUCAAGCCCAAUACACGGUCGUCCGCCACCAACGUCAUCAGUGCGGGUACGCCAAAUGUUCUGUGUGUCAGGAAUGGGUGCCUAUUCAAGACCACAAGUGUUACAUUCAGCCUGCGGUAGAGCCAGAGGAGACUGAACCGACAGAGGAGGGGGGAGGUCGCAUGGUGGCGCCACCCCCUCCCCUGUUUGUUUAUGCAGAUUUCGAAGCCAUGCAGAAUGCAGAAGGGGUGUUUGUGGCUAAUUUACUGUGUUAUUCGUCCAGUGUCGAAACCACCAUCCAUGUAUUGGACGGGGAGGACUGUGCCCUCCAAUUUUUGCGUGAUUUGGAUGAUCUCACGGACGUGCCUGACUGUGAAGAUCAGCGGGAGAUUCUCGUGGUGUUUCAUAAUUUAAAAGGCUUCGAUGGCAUGUUCAUUCUCCAUGAAUUGUACCAGCAACAACGCGUGGUGGAGGAUCAACUGACGGUGGGAGCUAAAGUGUUGUCGUUCAAGAGUGGACCCCUCAAAUUCAUUGACUCGUUGUGUUUCUUGCCUAUGCCGCUGGCCUCUUUUCCUAGCACCUUCAAUUUGACUGAGUUAAAGAAGGGCUUCUUUCCUCACUUGUUCAAUACCCCUGAUCACCAACAGUACGUGGGUCGCAUCCCUGAUCUGGAAUUUUACGAUCCUGACGGCAUGAUGGCCAAAAAGAAAGACGAACUGACCCGUUGGCAUGCCGAUCAAGUCCGUCGUAAUGUCACGUUUAAUUUCCAGCAAGACAUGAUUGAUUAUUGCAAAUCGGAUGUAGCUCUAUUGAAAGCGGGGUGUGAAGCUUUUCAACACGAAUUCGAACAGCAGGCUGGCUUCAACCCCAUGGCCAAGUGUAUCACCAUUGCCAGUGCCUGCAACUUGUAUUGGCGCAAGCAUCAUUUGACCCCCGAUACCAUCGCGGUGGAACCUCUGGCGGGUUGGCGAGGGGCCCAAGUCAAUCAAUCCCUCAAAGCCCUGCAAUGGCUCUAUUAUCAAGAACACCUCCUUCCCAAAGAGGGGGCUAGUGCUGACCGCAUUCGUCAUGUCCGAAACGGGGGUGAACAGUCGAUCCGAACCAGCGCCCAUCAUUAUUUUGUGGAUGGCUACGAUCCUGUGACCCGCAUUGUCUACGAAUUUCAUGGAUGUCUCUAUCAUGGCUGUCCCCGUUGUUAUCCCGUGAGAACCGCCAAACAUUAUGCCACACCAGAUCGAACCGUGGAGGAACUCUAUCAAGCCACGCUCGCCAAACGCAUGAUCUUGCUCCGAGCAGGCUAUACAGUCCUUGAAAUGUGGGAGUGUGAAUGGGACCAAUUGGUGGACACCGAUGAAACCGUCCAACGGUUUCUCCAUUCCUUCGAUCUGGCAGCACCCUUAGAACCCCGUGAAGCCUUCUUUGGGGGCCGAACCGGUGCGGUGGCUUUGCAUGCUGUGGCUGGAGAAGGCGAGGAAAUACGCUAUGUGGAUGUGACCUCUCUGUAUCCAUGGGUCAACAAAAAUUGUCCCUAUCCCAUCGGACAUCCACGGAUCAUCACGCAACCCGCUGACCAGUCCCUGGAAUCUUAUUUUGGUGUCGCCACCGUGGAUAUUCUUCCUCCCACUGGUUUAUUCCACCCUGUUCUACCCGUGCGCAGCGGAAACAAGCUCACGUUUCCUCUCUGCCGCGCCUGUGUUCGGACCGAGCAAGCCCAACCCAUGUUGACCCGAACCCACUAUUGCCCUCAUUCUGACGCAGAUCGUAUGCUACGUGGUACCUGGUGUACACCCGAAUUGGUCAAAGCCGUCGAAAAGGGGUACACGCUGAUCAAGAUUCACGAAGUCUGGCAUUUUCCCCCUGAACAACGUCAAACGGGUCUUUUUGCUGAUUACGUCAACACCUGGCUCAAGUUAAAACAAGAAUCUGCAGGAUGGCCCAGUUGGUGUCAGACCCUUGAGCAAAAACGCAAUUACAUUCUUCGUUACCAGGAACGGGAAGGCAUCCGAUUGGAUAUUGCCAGCAUUGCCAAAAACCCCGGUCGUAAAGCCACCGCCAAGCUCAUGCUGAAUAGUUUCUGGGGCAAAUUUGGGGAGCGGAUCAAUAAACCCACCACUGUCACCGUUCAACACCCCGCCGAUUUGUUCAAUCUCAUUUCCGAUGCCACCCUCGAUCUCAGUACGCUCCGCCUUUGCACGGACGAUAUCUUGGAAGCCGUUUACACCAGUGUCCAAGACAAUGCUGUCAAAGGGACCAAGACUAACAUUUUCAUAGCGGCGUUCACCACCUGUCAUGCUCGACUCAAGCUCUACGAGUCCCUGGAUACCCUGCAACAGCAAGUCCUUUAUUACGACACUGAUAGUGUGGUAUACAAAUGGCGGUCCGGUCAACCCAGCAUUGCCACUGGGGAUUUUCUCGGGGACAUGACCGAUGAAUUGGAGGGAGACGUCAUCACCGAAUUUGUUUCGGGGGGCGCCAAGAAUUAUGGGUAUCAGACCCGUGGUGGUAAAGUCGUGUGCAAGGUCCGCGGUUUCACGCUCAACGUCCGUGGAUCAGCCAUUCUCAAUUUUCAGACCAUGAAAGAGAACAUUCUGUCGGAACUAGAUUCGCCCCAGGAGUCUCGACGCAAUUUGAGUAUCACCAACCCUUAUUAUUUCAAACGAGAUUUAGAACAGAAACAAAUUCAAGUGGUUCCGCGCGUGAAGCAGUAUGGGUUGGUGUUUGACAAGCGUGUCAUUGAGGUCGCCACUCGUUCCAGUUAUCCCUAUGGCUAUGAGAGGAUUGGAGAUGAACUUGACUUGCUAUUAGAUUUGUAAUGGGCGUGAUAUCACUAGGGUGUCACACACGUCCCGCUUGUACCCAGGUUUCACGCGGUUCAUUAAAACUAUGCCAAGAAUGUGAAUUCAACUCUUGUGUGUGCGUGUUCUUUAUUCCUAUGGGGUCACGUGAAUUUUAUGACCAUAUAUGGGCAUUGUGACGUCACCUAAGUCACAUGGGCCAAAUGCGCGAUGCUGAUUGGUCGAGAGAAACUUUGCUGCGCUCUGAUUGGUUGAUACCUAUUGUAGCCACUAUUACUACUCUUACAUAAACUCGCUCACGAAUAUCAAAUCGACUGUGCUCUUCGUAAGUGUGAACACUUUCUUUGGAACGCUUCAUAUUCUGUGGUUGCUGGUUGUUUACACAUCAAAGAUCUUUUUCCAUUUUUUGAAAUGAAGCAGUUUAAAGACGAAAAAGAACAAAUUCUGUCUUUGUUAAUUGUUGGUCAGGAGUACCAGCUAGAAAGAGUUGUAGCAGCUUGUGUACACUUGGCCAGCUACUUCACUUUGAAAGCACUAAAACAGGAUUAUGUGGAAUUAUGUGAUCUUAUCACUAAAGAAAAUUACUGUAGGAUACUCGAAAGAAUGAUCGAACGCUUGGAAGAUAGUUUUUUUGUUUUCUGA